UUUGUGGGAGAAAAGAAAAAGAGAAAGAAAGAGAUGAUAUAUAUAUAUACACACCCAAUACUACUGCUACUAUUACUCUCUCACAAACUCACAUAAGAGAAGAAGAGAGAGAAAGUGAGGGAAAGAAAGAGUGUAUGGUGAUGGUGCCAUUGUCAAAUGCCAUCUGUUGUUGCUGAGAGCACUACUCGGGUAAUUUCUAGACCUGCUUUACCGCUGGGGUUUGGUUUUGGUGUGUUGUUGUGAAGCUCAGCUCAGCUCAGCUGGAUGAUGAUGUGGUUGUUCAAGGGAAGCCUUGUUUUCUGCUCUUUCUCUCUCUAGAUUCGCGAGCGAAACCCUAAUUUCCUAUCGGUUAUUAUUCCCUGAUUGAUCUUCCUCUGCAUGCUCAUCGAUGAAAUGCAAUGAAAUGCAGUGUAAAGUUUGUUGAUAGGUGCAAAUUUUGAUGUAUAUGAUAAGCUGAAGGUGCUGUGAAUCCCGAGAUACGAUUGUAGUGAAGGUUUCUUCUUAGUUACUGGCUAGUUUACAGGGAAACUACAGCAAGAUGAUAUUGAGCAUCUUCUAAUCUAAGUGUAUACUUGCGAAGAUGUGGAGGACUAUACCUUCUGAUGAAAAGAGAUUUCUGAUUAAGUGAAAAUGCAAUAGCAGUUGGAUAUGUAAACUUAUGGCAAUAAUGAGGUUACUUGUCUCUUUCUUGUAUACUAAUUUGAGAAGGGGGACAUGUGUCAACUCUUCAAAAGUUAGAGCAGUGUAGACCUUGUGCAUCUUGACACAAAAGUAUAUGUAGAGUGAACAGAGAAGACUGGGAAAAUUAUUUUUGUUGGUAGAGAUGUUACUGGACAAUAAGAUUGAAGAUUUGCAUGAUGAUGGUUUUGAGGGGUCCAAGGUUGAGCGGUGUAUAUUCAGAGAGAUUUUCUUCAGGGAUGACAUUGGUAGUAGUACUAGCAAGAAGUGUGUUGUGACUGGAGUCAUUAACUUUGAAUGUGAGUCCAGUAAGAACAUUGAUACAUCAUUUUGUUCAAACAGUGAAAAUUCCGCUACAACAAGUAAUUAUUCCUCCAAGAAUACAUGUGUGGAGGAACUUUCUAAUGUGACAGAAGAUUUUAGAGAGACCUCCGAACUAGUAUAUUUUCCGAAACAAUUUGGAUCAUCCAAGAGAGAUUGUGACGAUGCGAGUGGUGAACAAAUAAAAGUUUCAGUUUAUGAGCUUCCAAAUAUUGAAUGUGAUUUGGGAAAGGUUUCUCCAGCAAAUCCUGUGAAGAAUGCUUCUAGCAUAUUGUACCCUGCUACAGACCCCAGCUCUGAAGUGGUUACACUUCGUUUAGUGGAAUCUUCCAGUCAAGGAGUAACAUCUAGUUGCUAUCUAUUAAAGCACCAUGGAGAUAUGGUGAGAGCAUGCACAGUCGGUGAUCCUCAUGUUUCCAGGGUCAGGUUGCCAGGCUUGGAAGGGAUUGCUUCGAAGGAUGUAACUAUAGGUAAAGCUAUUGCUUCACCUGUUUCCCAGGAGAGCUUUGCAUCACGACUUUUGGCUGCAAGUCCAACUGUCAAUGUUCAAGAGAGAUCCGAAUGUCCUUCAGAUGCUGAGGAAAGACCUCUAGAAUACCAAAAUUGCAAAUUAGAAUUAUCAAAUGAUGCAGUGAAGACAAGCUUAAAUAAGGAGCCACGUCCACUUCUCCAGUCAAAUAAGGAUCCUCGGCCACUUAUCCAGUACCAUGUUGUUGACUUACUAAAAGCAGCGGGAUGGCAUAUUGAGAGGCGUAAAAGACCUAGUAGGCAAUAUAUGGAGACAGUUUAUAGAACACCAAAGGGAAGGCCAAUUCGUGAAUUCCCUAAAGCUUGGAGGGUAUGCGGUGAAUUUUUGAUUGCAGAUAGAUAUGGUUCAGUGGAGGAAGGUGUUAAGAAAUGGACUAAUAUCAGUCACUUCUUUUCAGAUUUAUCUGAUACUUUUUCAGUUCUUGAGAAAGAGAAAAAUGCUUCAGAAUUGUCUUAUCGAUGGAGACUGUUAGAUCCUUUUGUAGUUGUUGCGUUGAUUGACAGAAAGAUUGGUGCUUUGCGAAAGGGAGAGAUAGUUAAAGCAACUCAAAGCAUUUUGACUGACAGGAAUAGCAAUUCAGAUGGAUUGUUACCCUUGGCAAAGACUGAUAGUAUUAAUCACCAGAUUGCAAACAGAGAUCUGCCAACUUCCGUUUGUGGGUCUACUUUGGCUGAUGAAAGUGCAUUGGUAGUUUCUGAGGGGAAUUCCCAUGGCUGUUUUCAGCAAUCUGGACAUGAAGAAUCUGACAAACAGAUGAAUAACAAGGUAAUGAAGCUUGUGAAGGGCACACAACUUUAUACAGAAGGAGAAGGUGUGCGCCUGGUCAGUUCGUCCAAUGAGAUUGGAAGUCAGUGUAUAGAAUUCUCUGGGGACAAAACAAGCAGGUUGGAUAUGACUUCCUUACCUGAAAAUGGAACUGAUAGCACUGUUGUGCAGUCAGCUGGUAGCGUGCAUGAUGUUUCUUUUACUUCCAGAAACUGUUACAAUGUGCUUGGACAAUUGGUUUCGCUUCAUCAAGAUGGCCAUUCAAGUUGCCAAAUCUCUGCCAAACAGAGUGCCGCAGUUAAUGUGGAGACAAUUAAGGAAGCUAUUUCUUUCGAGGAUAAUGAACUUCAGGGAGGUCGAGUUACUGAUGUCAGGCAUUCUCCACUGAGAUUACAAGAUGAAUGUCCAAACAGCACAGGUGAUGAGUUGGCUCUUGAAAAAGAGCUAGGUGUUGUUAGGCAUUCUGUACAGGUUGGGGAAGGUGGUAGACAGUGUCAUGAAUCUUCUAAUUUCACAGUGGAUGAUACAUGUUCUCCAGAUAUUACUUCAAAGAAGAAGGCACGCAGGAAGUCUAAAAGAAUAUCUGAAAUUCAACUAAGCUCAUUCGGUCACAGUGGCAAUCUAGGUUCAACAUCUGUUGAUAUGGCUGACUUACUGCGUGUUAAUAGUAAUGACAUCCACUUAGACCUGGAUCAGGUUCGGGGAGACAUUGCAGCCGAUGGAAGAAAUAAAGGAACUCCCAAGAAGCCCUCUUCUCUGAACUCUUCUCACCAAAAGAUUGAGAUAAAGGGCUCAAAGUUAAAGAGGCAUUUUUCUGAUUACAGCGAGUCUAAAAUUGUGAAGAAGAAAUCUAGAUGUCAUAUCAAAGAUGAUGACUUGUUGGUUUCAGCUAUCAUAAAAAACAAAGCUUUUAGCGCAAGCACGGCUAAAGAUUCUUCUAAAAAGAAAAACUACAAAUCAAAAGCUUGGAGAAAUCUUAAAAGCCAAAAGCGUAGCUGCAGAUUGCUUCCAAGCCUCGUUAAUGGGGGAAAACACUUUAAAGAUGGAAAGUGGUAUUCUGUUGGUGUAAGAACAGUUUUGUCUUGGUUGAUUGGUACUGGGGUUAUAUCUUUAAAUGAUGUGAUACAAUAUCGAAAUCCCAAGGAUGAUGCUGUUAUCAAAGAUGGUCGAAUAACCAGGGAUGGCAUUCUUUGUAAGUGUUGCAGCAAGGUACUUACAGUUUUAGAGUUCAAAAUUCAUGCUGGGUUCAAACUUAACCGUCCGUGCUUGAAUCUUUUCAUGGAAUCUGGUAAGCCGUUGACCUUAUGUCAACUCCAAGCUUGGUCAGCUGAAUAUAAGACGAGGAAAGGAGGUAGCCCAGUGGUCUGUAUUGAUGAGGAUGACCGAAAUGAUGAUUCAUGUGGGAUCUGCGGCGAUGGAGGCGAGUUAAUUUGUUGUGAUAGCUGUCCGUCAACUUUCCACCAGGCUUGUUUGUCUACACAGGAACUCCCUGAAGGCAGUUGGUAUUGCCCUAACUGCACUUGUUGGAUAUGUGGCUCUUUGGUGGAUGACAAAAAUGCUUCAAGUGCUUCUGAUGCAAUAAAAUGUUCACAGUGCGAGCAUAAAUAUCAUGAGGCUUGCUUGAAAGAAAAGGGUAGAUACCGAGAAGUAAUAUCAGAUUCCUCAUUUUGUGGUACAAGCUGUCAGGAGGUCUACUCUGGGCUUCAAUCGCGUGUUGGCCUCAUUAAUCAUAUUACUGAUGGCUUUUCAUGGACACUUCUGAAAUGCAUUCAUGAUGACCAAAAGGUUCAUUCUGCACAACGGUUUGCUUUAAAAGCAGAAUGUAAUACAAGAUUAGCGGUAGCCCUCACAAUUAUGGAGGAGUGCUUUCUCUCAAUGGUUGAUCCAAGAACAGGCAUCAACAUGAUACCUCAUGUCUUGUACAAUUGGGGGUCAGAGUUUGCACGUUUGAAUUUCCAAGGAUUUUAUACUGUGGUCCUCGAGAAAGAUGAUGUGCUAAUAUCUGUAGCAUCCGUCAGGGUGCAUGGAACAGCAGUUGCAGAGAUGCCCCUUAUUGCAACAUGCAGUAACUAUCGUCGUCAAGGAAUGUGUCGACAACUUGUAUCUGCAAUUGAAGAGAUGCUAAUAUCAUUUAAGGUCGAAAAGAUUGUGGUAGCUGCCAUUCCAGAUUUGAUAGCGACGUGGACUGAGGGUUUUGGCUUUGAACUUGUGGAAGACACUGAAAAACAGAGUCUAAACAAGAUCAACUUAAUGGUUUUUCCUGGUACAGUUUUGCUAAAAAAGACCCUGUAUGACAAUGGAGUGAAACAUGGACAAUCCAGUGAUGCAUUGUGGUUGAGAGCAGAUGAACCAACCAACGCCAUCAUGGAACAUAAGAAAGUAACAGAUUCUGAAACUGGUGAUAUUUGUUUCGAGAAAACUGUCAACAAGUCCAGUUCCAAGUUGUGCAGUGAUACAACCGAACCAACGGAUGAAAAAACCUUUGUGGGUUCUGAAGUUUGCACUGAAACUGACGAGAUUGCUGUUCAGAAAUCGGAUGUGAAUAGUCUAUCUGGCAACGCUGGUGCUGAAACUGAGACUGAAACAGUGGUGGUGCAAGGUAAGGGUUUGGGGGCACUUGAAGCUAACCAUGCUAAAGUGGAAAAAGGCAAAUCUGUAAAAAUGUCUCACAGAAUCUGCAGGCAGACGAAGAUUGGAACCAGAUUAGAAAGGAGACUCGGGGACGAUAAGCAUAUUGUUAGGUCUGUACAGCAGCAGCAAUCCGAUGUAAGCUGUUAUGCUGAAAGAGCAGAAGUGAGAAUUGUGGAAAGAAAUAAGAAAAUAAUAAGUGAAGAGGAAUGUAAGACUUUGCAGGAGCAAUUUUCAAAGCUGUCCUGUGAAGACCCAACAACUUCUCAAUUAGGUGAUAAUCAGCCUAAACUGCUUUGUAAUAUUGAAUCUUUGGCUAUGUCUGAUGAAACACAGCCUCAGAUUGCCUGUGACAAAAAAUGUAAUGUGGAAUUAAAAUAAAAUAUUUUAGAAAAGAAUAAGGGGGAAAAGUCAUUGCUGCA